GCGCCUAAAGGGGCGCAGAAGGAACGGCUCAAAGAGGACGACGAACCCGAGUAUAAGUUUGAAUGGCAGCGAAAUGCUCCCCGAGAAAGUUUUGCCAAAAACAAUAUGGAUAUCAGAGACCAACCGUUUGGCAUUCAAGUCCGUAAUGUUCGGUGCAUUAAAUGCCACAAAUGGGGUCAUCUAAACACCGACCGCGAGUGUCCGCUCUAUAACCAGGGAAGCUCUCUAAUGGACGGAUCAACCAUGCAAGAGGACGGUCUCGCCCUCAAGAAGAGUAUUGUCGGCCAACACUUCGAUCCAAAUGAGUUGAAUCAA